AGGCGGUGGCGUGAGGCGACUAUGGCGGGAGGAAUAAAAGUGGCGGUCUCUCCUGCAGUUGGUUCCGGGCCCUGGGUCUGGGGGGCCGGGUACAGUGGGGCAAUGCGGCUUCUCCUGGUCCUCUCCGGCUGCUUGGUCUGUAGCUCAGCUAAAAUUGAUGUAAACGUGGCCAUGCUUCAAGAAUCCAGAGUUUAUAAUAAGACCACGGGGCAACAGUUCUGUUAUGAAAACGUGCUUGUCCCAAAGUGGCAUGAUAUAUGGACACGGAUACAGAUCCGGGUAAAUAGUUCCAAACUGGUACGAGUCACCCAAGUGGAGAAUGAGGAGAAACUGAAGGAGCUAGAGCAGUUUAGUAUCUGGAACUUUUUUUCCUCCUUUUUAAAAGAGAAAUUGAAUGACACCUAUGUAAACGUGGGUCUGUACAGCACAAAAACCUGCCUCAAAGUUGAGAUUAUAGAGCGAGACACCGAGUACAGUGUCACUGUGACCCGCAGAUUUGACCCCAAGCUCUUUCUUGUUUUCCUCCUUGGACUUACAUUAUUUUUCUGUGGAGACUUGCUGAGCAGAAGCCAAAUCUUCUACUAUUCCACGGGGAUGAGUGUGGGAAUUGUGGCCUCUCUGCUAAUCAUCAUUUUCAUACUGUCCAAGUUUAUGCCCAAGAAAAGUCCCAUUUACAUAAUCCUGGUGGGAGGCUGGUCCUUUUCGCUGUACCUCAUUCAACUAGUUUUUAAAAAUUUACAAGAGAUCUGGAAGUGUUACUGGCAGUAUCUCUUAAGCUAUGUCCUCACAGUUGGAUUCAUGAGUUUUGCAGUCUGUUAUAAGUAUGGGCCCUUGGAGAAUGAACGAAGUAUCAACCUGCUGACCUGGACCUUGCAGCUGAUUGGCCUGUAUUUCAUGUACUCGGGUAUCCAGAUCCCACACAUUGCCCUUGCCAUUGUCAUCAUCGCACUGUGUACCAAGAACCUGGAGUACCCUCUUCGGUGGCUGUACAUCACCUACAGAAAGAUGUGUAAGGCAACAGAAAAGAUUGCUCCCCCUCGUCUCCUGACAGAAGAAGAGUAUCGGAUACAAGGAGAGGUGGAGACCCGGAAGGCUUUAGAGGAGCUUCGAGAAUAUUGUAACAGUCCAGACUGCUCUGCUUGGAAGACUGUUUCUCGAAUCCAGUCCCCAAAGAGAUUUGCUGACUUCGUGGAAGGCUCUUUUCACCUCACACCGAAUGAGGUUUCUGUUCAUGAGCAGGAGUAUGGAUUAGGGAGCAUUAUUGCCCAGGAUGAAAUCUAUGAAGAAACAUCCUCUGAGGAGGGGGACUCAGAUUCUCGGUACCCCACUAUCACACAGAACAGUUUUUUAAGUUAGGUAGUAGCCAGUUAUUUUUAUGUGUAUUGGUUUGGUGCCUCGAUGGUGCAUGUCUCAUGUGUUGUGCAAUUGCUUCUCAACUCUUUGAAACAGAGAGAGAUGGUGCAGAAAUUCUCUCACUGAAAUUAGAGGCCUGAGUAGGCCUCCCUCUGAAAAUAUUGGUGGUCCCUGUGGGAUCCCUGAGGAACGAGAGUGGAUAAAGCAGUGAAUGCUUCCCAUUGGCUAAGCUCUCAGCUCACAUUUUAUGUUUCCAAAGGAACUGGAUGAGCACAGCUAGGACAGUAUUCUAUGUCCUGUCUGAAAGUGGAUUCAGUUGUGGCAUUUCUGCCACUGUGGCUGGCAUUCAGAAAUGAGAACUGUCAUUAGAGCUUUUCUUCCAGGGAGAAAUCCACAAAUCUGA